AUGCGCAUCUUCCGACCUGCAACUUCGCUGCCCAAGCUCGUCCGAUGCUACUCAACGCAACCGACGCCGUUGGUGAGGGUCCUGGAUGUGCCGGCGCCGGGUAGUGGAAGGAUACGGAUCUUGUCUCUGGCCCGCCCUGCAGCCCGCAACGCCAUCUCGCGGCAGCUUCUCCAGGAGCUCCGCACGAACAUCGACUUCGUAGCGUCCGAAUACGACAGCAAUGGCGAUGAGGUGCCCGCGAAGAAGAUCUUUGGCGGUGCGGCGGGUGCAGAUCAGAAGGGACCCACGAGGGCAGUGGUGCUUGCUAGUGACGUGGAUAGCAGUUUCUGCGCAGGCGCGGAUCUGAAGGAGAGAGCGGGCUUUACUGCUGAGGAAACAGCAGCCUUCCUCGCCAAUCUUCGCAACACAUUUACAGCGCUCUCCACCCUCCCUGUCCCAACCAUCAGCGCAAUCAGCUCUCUCGCCCUCGGUGGCGGCCUCGAACUCGCUCUCUGCACACACAUGCGCGUCCUGGCAUCCACCGCCCAGGUAGGCCUCCCGGAGACCCGGCUGGGGAUAAUCCCCGGCGCAGGCGGUACCUACCGCCUCCCGGCCAUCAUUGGCCUUAGCCGCGCCCGCGACAUGAUCUUGACCGGACGGCGAGUCAGCGCCGCAGAAGCCUACUUUCUGGGGAUCGCGGAUCGGCUGGUGGAGGUGCGGCCGGAGGAGGGGAAGGAGGGAGAGGAGCACAGGGCGGAACUGAUGGCUAAGGCGAAGGAUGUGGUGUUGAGCGUUGCUGUGCGCUUGGCGGGGGAGAUAUGCGCGGGGGGGCCAGUGGCGGUUCGAGGUGCAUUGAAGGCGGUCGGGUAUGCGCGGGAGGAGGUGGAGAAUGAGAUGUACGAAAGGGUUGUCGGGACGGAGGAUAGGAACGAGGCGCUGGUGGCCUUCAGGGAGAAGAGGACGCCUGUGUUUAAGGGGAGAUGA